AUGAAUCUCUUAUGUGGGGGAUCUCUUUUCCCGCCCUUCCUGAGUCCUGUUUCUAGUUUGGGUAGGGAUGCUGUGCGGACCAUUCCAUCGUCUGUCCCAAGCUUAUGGAGAACCGCUGACUUACUGGCUUCCAGGAACCAGGGUGCUGAAAUGGAACAAACUUUUUUGAUCCUUUUAAUUUUUAUUAAGGCAAUGGCAGUCAGAGCUCAGUUCAAUGGAUACAACUGUGAUGGCAACUUUCACAGCCGCUUCCCAGCGGAGCGGGAUAUCAGCGUAUACUGUGGAGUGCAGACCAUCACCCUCAAGAUUAAUUUCUGCCCUGUCCUCUUUUCUGGCUACACUGACGCUGACCUGGCCCUCAACGGUCGCCAUGGAGACGCCCACUGCCGCGGGUUCAUCAACAACAACACCUUUCCUACCGUGGUCAUCUUCAGCAUCAGCCUGGCCACGCUGGAGUCCUGUGGUAACGCCCUGGUGGUCUCUACAGCUCAAGGACCCAACGCCUACGGGAACCUGUCACUGGUGCAGAUUGGAAAUGUUUCAGGGUACAUCGACACGCCGGACCCCCCUGCCAUCAUCAGCUACCUACCAGGUCUGCUGUACAAGUUCAGCUGCAGUUACCCUCUGGAAUACCUGGUCAACAACACGCAGCUGGCCUCGUCAGCAGCUGCUAUCUCAGUGAAGGACAGCAACGGUACCUUCAUCAGCACAUUGAAUCUGCUGCUGUACAACGACUCCUCGUAUAUUCAGCAGCUGUCCAUCCCCAUGGCGGGACUGACCCUGAAGACGAGGGUGUUUGCAGCCGUGAGAGCUUCUAACUUGGACAGGAGGUGGAAUAUUUUGAUGGACUACUGCUACACCACACCUUCUGGAAACCCAAAUGAUGACCUCCGUUAUGACCUUUUUUUUAGCUGUGAAAAAGACCCCCAGACUACGAUCUUUGAAAACGGCAAGAGCCAGAUGGGCCGAUUUGCCUUCGAAGUAUUCCGCUUUGUCAAGCACAAGAACCAGAAGAUGUCCACUGUCUUCCUGCACUGUGUCACCAAGCUGUGUCGAGCGGAUGACUGUCCCAUGCUCAUGCCAAUCUGUGGAAGCAGAAAAAAGAGAGAUGUGUUGGAGAGAAAGGAGACAAAUGUUGCAUCUGGAAAUGCUGUGCUGACUGCUGGGCCCAUCAUCACAAGAAGUGAAGAAACACCAACCAACAAUUCCCAGCUUGCCAACUUGAAAGCUCCGGCGUUUCAGAUGAACACAAUAACCAGUGCACUCAUCUCAGGCAUCAUCAUCCUGGGUGUGAUGAGCGUUUGCUUCUUCAUCUUCUCCCUCACACUCCUCAAAGGCAAGGGCAUUCCUGUCAGCACCGUGCCAGGCAUCCGUAACCCAGCCUUCAACUGAGCUCAUCAACCAACCACAGACACUCCUUCCUGUGUGACCAUGCUAACACCGGGACAGAUGGGACUCAUGAUGUCUGCACAGGCAGUAUUCUACAGAAACCAAGUCGAAAUGUUGAAUUAGAAAACUGUUACCAGGUGUAUGAGCAUAGAAAAGAUGGGGAAAUAAAAUGUUUUUUUGAUAUUUUGUGUUUAAGCUCUGUGCAGGCAAAGGUGAUCAAUUGUAACGAUGCUUUAACCCACAUAGACUGGACUCUGACGACUUCAUUCAAUACCUCAGCUAUUCAGCUUCUAUUUGCAGAGCCGAGGCUCAGUAACAUGGCUCGCAGCGCUACAUCUGCUUAUAAAGCCAGGCUGAACUGUAAGAGCACUAGCCUGAGCGGGUGAGAGACCAUCGCAUUCGUUCAAUUAAAAGUGAUUCAUUGAACUCUUAAAGCCUCAGGCCAGGGUCCUUAGCCUGAAGCUUUCUUGUCAUGAGACUAGACAUUAUAAAAAUACUGGGUAAAUAUAUAAUUUAUUAAUAUUGCUUCUUAUUUUUGGAAGAGUAGUGUAAUGAGUAAUCUAUUCAUAGAUGUGAUGUAGCUGUAGGAAAUGUAGGACACUCAUUCACUUGAAGUCUUUGAUGCAAUGAGGCAACAAUAAAACUUGUUUCAGUUUCAGCUGUAAAUGUACAAAAUGUAAUUGUGUAUAACUUUCCUGAAAUGUAUUUUAUCUUAAAGUGGCAUUACAGAUCUGUCUUCUAAAUGUAGACAUGGUGUACAGUUGUGCAUAUUAC